CGGCACGCGAGACAAACAGAGUGGCUAUUGUUAGCCAGCAGGUUGUGUCAGAGUUUAUCCCGUCGCCUACUCACCACCUACCUACCUGUUGACUAUUCACACCACUUAUUGCAGGCAGGGGAGGUAAAGUCACUUUCGAAGAACUACAGUGCGAUCUAAACUGCUCGCAGGUGAGGAGGGGGAAAAGAGUUUGUCGGAUAAGAAGGAAGGAAGGAAUCCAGGAAAGCUCGGAGGAAACGAGGAAGUAAAUAAGGACAAGUCGACCGUUGGGCUUGGAACUCAACAGGUUAGCUACUUCAAUGUUAUAGCAGCGGCUCGGAAUUUUUACUAUCUGCGUCGAAACCCCCCCACCAUAUUAAACAAAAAAAUGCCGUUAGGACCAUGGAGGAAGAAAAACAAAUCGACGAAGGAGCAUUUGGUGGAAAACGAGGAGGUCGGCGGUGGACACGCAGGUGCCGGGAGUCACGCUAAAACCGCCGUGAACGGAGCGGGGCUCCCUCCUCCACCUGCCAACCUGCGGCCCAAACUCGUCUUCCACACGCAGCUUGCUCACGGAAGUCCCACCGGCAGGAUCGAGGGAUUUACCAACGUCAAGGAGUUGUAUGGGAAAAUAGCAGAGGCGUUUAAUCUAAAUCCACCUGAGCUCCUGUUCUGCACUCUCAACACCCACAAGAUUGACAUGGACAAGCUCCUGGGGGGCCAGAUCGGCCUAGAGGAUUUUAUCUUCGCCCACAUUAAAGGGAUCAAGAAGGAGGUGGAAAUUUACAAAUCUGAAGACGCUCUGGGCCUCACCAUCACCGACAAUGGAGCGGGAUACGCCUUUAUAAAGCGUAUCAAAGAGGGCAGCGUUGUGGACGGGGUGAAGGUGAUCUCUGUGGGCGACCACGUGGAGUGCAUUAACGGACGGAACAUCGUGGGGACGCGACAUUAUGAGGUGGCCCGCAUGCUGAAAGAGCUUCCCAAGGACAAGGUUUUCACCCUCAAACUGGUCGAACCCAUGAAGGCCUUCGAAAUGCUUGAGCCCAGGUCAAAGGGUGCCAAACCUGCUAGUGACAACAAGAUCAGCAACGGGAGAGGGACUUUGAGACUUCGCUCCAAGGGCCCAGCUACUGUCGAGGAGGAGCCAACAGAGUUUGAGGAGAAGGCAGUGAAGAAAGUGGACGACCUCCUGGAGAGCUACAUGGGCAUCAGAGACACUGAACUUGCUGCUACGAUGGUCGAGGUCGGCCGCGACAAAAAGAACCCAGAUGAAUUCGCCAUGGCGUUAGACGAGACCCUCGACUUCGCUUUCCCAGAUGAGUUUGUGUUUGACGUCUGGGGAGCCAUUGGAGACGCCAAGCAAGGAAGAUUAUAAGAUCGCAAUCGGCUUCCCCAUCCCAAUAAAACACACACACACACACACACACACACACACACACACACACACACACACACACACACACACACACAC